AUGGCAAAUGAAGUUUCGAGUAUAUUGGAGAACAUGCGAUUGACUACAGAAGAAGAGGAGACUAUCGAGAUUCCGAAUGAUGGAAGGAAAGAAAGGCUGGAGAAUUGUGCACUUAGUCUAAUUGGGAAGUUCCUCACUUGUCUCCCCUUCAAUAAGAGAGCGGCUAUAUCUACAUUGAAAAGAGCAUGGAGAUUGGAGGAGGCGGUCCAGAUUGUUGAGGUGGGCACAAACCUGUUUCAACUCAAGUUCCACUCUGAGUUUGAGAUGAAUCGGGUGCUUAAGGGUGGGCCGUGGUCUUUUGACAACCAGGUUCUGAUGCUGCUUCAAUGGAAGGUAGGGAUGACGGCGGAAAACGUCAAAUUUGAAUCUGUUUCUCUAUGGAUACAAAUAUGGGGCGCUCCUUUUAAUCUGAUGUCGCCUAAGGUUGCAGAGGCGGUGGGAAGUAAACUGGGGUCGGUGGUCGAAGUGGAGAAGAACAGGAAAACGGAGGGGCAGAGCUAUUUUAUGAGGGUUAAAGUCAUUGUUCCGUUAACAAAACCGAUUCGAAGGGGUGCAUUCUUGGCUGGUUCAAAGGGUAAGCGGCACUGGGUUACUUUCAAGUAUGAAAGGCUCCCACUGUUUUGCCAUUAUUGUGGGUUACGAGGACACAAUUUAAAGCACUGUGCUGCAUACUUCGGUGCAACUAAGAAUGAAGGAGAGGUAAGGUGUCAAUACGAUGAUUGGUUGAAGGCUUUAGGUGGCCGAAAUCGUUCACCUCCUCACCGGAAUACUGUCAGGGAGAAUGCAAGUGGGGAGGAUCACCGGGAUGAGAAUCGGACUACUUAG